AUGAUAGUUUUCAAUGGAUGGGAACUCUGGGCUUGCAUUUUGCUCAGUCUUUUCCUCCAAAUCUUCUUAACAAUUGCUGGAACCUUUAGGAGAUUAGCAUCCCGCAGAUGGUUCGUGAAGAUUCUGUGGUUGGCCUAUUUGCUUGCAGAUUUUGUUGCUGUUUUGGGACUUGGACUCCUUGUGAGCAGGCAAAGUUUAUUAUAUAACAAUUGUUUGAAUGAAAAACAUUGCUACACAGAUGAGGCUCUCAUGUACUGGGCUACCUUUUUCCUCGUACACCUUGGCGGUCCAGACAACAUCACUGCUUUCUCAACAGUGGACAAUGAGUUGUGGCUCAGAGAUUUGUUUUCUAUUUCUUCAAAGUGCAUUACUGUGGCCUAUGCUAUCUAUGAGUCUGUCAGGACUAGUUCCAAAGUCAGACUUGUGAGUGAUAUGAAUAAGGUGGAUUUGUCCAAAACAGAAGUGCUGCAAUAUGCUUUGGUAUACUCCACGGCGUUUAAAGGACUUGUUGUUGAUCUCAGUGUCAGUAUCAGUCAACGCAACCAAAGCCGUGAAUUCUUCCUUCAAAGAUCUAUAGAACAAGCUUUCAGGCUAGUUGAGUUAGAGUUAGAUUACCUCUAUGAUGUGCUUUUCACGAAAAUCCUAGUGUUGCACCACAAAGUUGGCCUCUCUUGUCGCAUUCUAUCAUUCAUCGCAGUUGUUUCUUCCUUCGUGCUCUUCUAUUUUGAUUUUGUUGCUUCUCCCUUACCACCAUCAGACAUUGCUACUCCUGAAUUUCAUAAAAUUGAUAUAGUGGUUACCUGCAUAUUGUUUAUUGGAGCCAUUCUGAUGGAGGUAAUUGCCUUUUUUAUGCUACUUUUCUGUGACUGGACUGUGGUUAAGCUCAGCCCUUUGUCUGAUGCAAACUCCAACAGACAAUCAUGGAAAGAUAAGCUUCUUGCUUGCAUACUGUCUUAUAAACAUACUAUAAGUGCCUUCUUUCAUCACUGUCUUUAUCUUGUUGGUAUAGAGAAUCAACGCGAGAUUAGAAUUACUGAGAGGUGGUGGGCUAAUUCUUUCUCAGCAUUCAACUUGAUAUAUCAUUGUUUACAUGGAGGAAGGCAAAACAUUUAUCCUCGCCUUGUCAAGUUUCUGAUGGAGUUUUUGUAUGCAGAACCAUAUGCACUAUCCGGUCAUUUAGCUACCUUCAUUUUCGACCAACUAAAAAUGAAAUCAAAAAAAGCUGAGAGUUUAGCCAUAGCAAAACAAAUCUAUUCUUCUAGAGGAGAGUGGGUGCUUGAUGAAUUGGAAGAUGGCUGUCAAGCAUUUCUUCCUUAUGUUGCCAAGUAUGAUUACGAAGAUAUCCUUCUUUUGUGGCACAUCGCUACUGAAGUCUGCUACAACGACAACCAGGACAAAGUAACUAACCAGGAACAACGUCGCACUGCAAAGGAUCUAUCAGACUACAUGCUCUAUCUUAUGGUCAUGAAGCCUGAUAUGAUGUAUGGAGUUUCAAGCAAUGGGGAAAUAAAGUUCAGAGAAACUUGCACAGAAGUUUCAAAAUUUUUUGACACGGAAUUACCUGAACUAAAGAACAGACAGUUUAGUUAUACCUACCGCGGAGAGAGGGAGGAAGCUUUACAGAAAAUUGCCUGUCAAAGAAUUCUUUUCCACGAAACAGAAGCUGAGCAUGUUACUGUAUGCAGAGAUGUUCCUACUUUGUUCACCGCAUCUGAAUUGGCCAAAGAACUGAAUAAGUUACCUUCUGAGGAAAAAUGGUUGCUAAUAAGCAAAUUGUGGGUGGAACUGCUAUCAUAUGCUGCAACUCAUAUCAGGUCAAGUGCUCAUGCUGAACAGCUAAGUAAAGGAGGGGAGCUCAUAACUGUUGUUUGGUUACUUAUGGCUCAUUUUGGCUUGGGAGAUCACUAG